AUGUUACAAAUAACGAGAGGCGUUCACACCGGUCGUGAACUGCUGUCACAGCGCUGUUCGAAGUUGAUCGACAGCGUUAUCAGAGUGGACCAUGCCGGUGAGCUGGGAGCGAACCAAAUAUACCGUGGACAGAUGGCAGUUCUUGGACAUACCAAGGCGGGCAAAACCAUCCAGCACAUGUGGGAACAGGAGAAAGCCCACAAGGAAGAGUUCGAUCGGUUAAUCAACAAGUAUCGCGUCCGGCCGACGGCACUGCUACCGUUCUGGAACGUGGCCGGGUUUGCGCUCGGUGCCGGUACGGCACUGCUCGGCGAAAAGGCCGCUAUGGCGUGUACGGUGGCGGUAGAAUCGGUCAUCGUCGAACACUACAACGACCAGCUGCGCAAGCUGAUGGACGAUCCGAGCUUCACCGAUAAGGAGUUGCUCGAUACGAUUCAGCGCUUCCGGGACGAGGAGCAAGAGCAUCACGAUACGGGCAUAGAGCACGGCGCGGAACAAGCCCCGUUCUAUCGUGCACUGACGGACGUCAUUAAGUUUGGUUGCCGUACAGCGAUCAAAAUUGCAGAAAAGGUGUAA